AUGCCUGAGUCGGAUGCCGACAAAUUCAGCGAUGCUUCGGAUGCGUUGCAAAUCAACGAGGAAAUCGCCGAAAUUCGUAAAGUCAAAUUUCUCGAAUUUUGGAAAUCUCGACCGGCGCUCUGGUUCGCCCAAAUCGAGGCCCAAUUCCUCGUUCACAACAUUCGAUCCGAUCAGACCAAAUUCAAUAAACUCGUUUGUGAACUAGACUAUUCCAUUCUCGAACAAGUCGCCGAUAUCAUCGAGUCCCCACCCGAAAAAGAUCGCUACAACAAAAUUAAAACACGUCUCAUCAAACAAUUUACUGAAUCCGAAGGCAAACGACUCCGAAAAUUGCUAAAUGAUGUCGAACUGGGUGAUCAAAGACCAUCCGAUUUGCUGCGCAAAAUGAAACUGCUCGCAGGAGAUAACGUUGGAUCCGAACUGUUACAAUCGAUAUGGAUGCAACGGCUUCCCGAAAAUAUCCGCGCUAUUCUUGCCUCGAUGGACAGCACCGAUAACGACAAACUCGCUGAGAUCGCUAACAAGAUUUUAGAUGCUCGUGAAAAUCGAAUCCGUUCAGCAGCUUUCCACGAAUACUUUUAA